AUGGAGAACAAUAGUUGGUUUAGACAGUACAAUAUUGUAGAUCUAAUCGAUGAACCGGGUCUAGAAUCAGCCCAGGGAACUAUCUCAAAUCCUCCUGAAAUACUGAUAUAUAGAGACGAAGCGGAAAUCAAACCCGCUUUAAUAUCAGAUGGAGUCGGAUGGAGUCAGACAGGGUUGGCCCUGAAUGGAUCCCGUUACGCACGCAACCCCGUGCAAGAGGGGCUGGACGAAGCCCUAGACGGCUGA